CGGGGUUAGAGCCGGGGCAGUGCAGUCGUGAUGUCAUGAUAUGCCCAGAUUCAAGCCUAGAGGACGCCCGCAAACAGGGUCCGUAUGAUGUGGUACUUCUGCCUGGAGGUUUGCUUGGAGCUCAAAACCUUUCUGAGUCUCCCGCUGUGAAAGAGGUGUUGAAGGACCAGGAGGGCAGGAAGGGUCUGAUCGCUGCAAUCUGUGCAGGCCCGACGGCACUCUUGGCUCACGGUAUCGCAUAUGGCAGCACAGUUACCACCCAUCCAGGUGCCAAGGACAAGAUGAUGGCUGGUGAUCAUUAUAAAUAUUCAGAGGCUCGUGUUCAGAAGGAUGGUAACGUGAUCACCAGCAGAGGGCCAGGAACCAGCUUUGAGUUUGCCUUGACUAUAGUGGAAGAGCUUAUGGGUGCAGAGGUUGCUGCCCAAGUCAAAGCCCCCCUCAUCCUGAAAGACUGAUCAUCAAACUGUGAAGAUCUCGCAUUUACAAUUGUACUGCUAUGCCAAUCUGAAAGGGAGUUGAAUUUAAUUGGUUUAGAGUUUUCCUUGCAUGUGAUUUUCUGUAGGAAUAUGACUAUUUAAUGAAGUUACUUAAAUAUAUAUUUGAGGAGAGUUGCUGUAAACUGGCAGUCGAUAAUCUAAAUGGCUUUUUAUGGCUUUCUGUGAGGUCUGAUUCCCAGUUCUCUUGCUCUGCACUUAUUAACUUCUGAACCAGAAUAAAGUCAUAGUGCACUAAACUCAUAA